CCCAUCCGUGGGGUGCACUCAAUCCAGCCUCACCGCGGAGUGUUCCAGUUCCAGAAUCUUGGGUUCGCCCAACAUUUGGAUGAUUCCUGGAACUGCAAGAUACUGCCUCUUAUGACUUCUCUCUUUCAACUUUCCCUGUUUUGGCCUCAUAGUUUCUACUCUUUCCCAAGAACAGUGGAAAAUGAACAAGUUCAAAGGACCUGUGACAUUAAAGGAUGUUACUGUGGAAUUCACCAAGGAAGAGUGGAAAUUACUGACUCCUGCUCAGAGGACCCUGUACAAGGAUGUAACGCUGGAAAAUUACAGACAUCUGGUUUCAGUAGGUUACCAAGUGAAUAAAUCAAAUGUGGUCUUGAAGUUGAAGCAAGGAAAAGAGCCAUGGAUGUUGGAAGUGGAAUUUCCACGUCGCAGUGGCCCUAAAGAUGUAUGGAAUAUCCAUGACCUUGGAGCACAGUACCAGGAAAGCCCAGCUGGUAAUUCAAGCACUGGAGGACUGAAGAAACUUCAGAAAACUCAUCACCAAGUGGAAAGCUAUGAAUGUAGUGAAUGUGGAAAGUCCUUCUGCCAGAAAUCUGCCUUCAUAGUGCAUCAGCAUACACACUUUGAGAACAAGUCCUAUGAAUGUGGUAAAUGUGGGAAAUCCUUUUCUAAAAAUGAAGACCUCAUAGUACAUCAGAAAAUUCACACCAGAGAUAAAACCUAUGAAUGUAAAGAAUGUAAGAAAAUUUUCUACCACCUGUCAUCUCUUAGUAGACAUCUAAGAACUCAUGCAGGGGAGAAACCUUAUGAAUGCAGUCAGUGUGAGAAAUCCUUCUACCAGAAACCACACCUCAUGGAGCACCAGAAAACACACACAGGGGAGAAACCCUUUGAGUGUACUGAAUGUGGGAAAUUCUUCUAUGUGAAGGCAUACCUCAUGGUUCAUCAGAAAACACACACAGGGGAGAAACCAUUUGAGUGUAAGGAAUGUAGGAAAUCAUUCUCCCAGAAGUCACAUCUCACAGUACAUCAGAGAACACACACAGGAGAGAAACCCUAUAAAUGUAAGGAAUGUGGGAAAUUAUUCUCUAGGAAUUCACACCUCAAAACCCAUCAGAGAACUCAUACAGGAGAGAAACCCUAUGAAUGUAAGGAAUGUGGGAAAUGCUUCUACCAGAAGUCAGCCCUCACAGUGCAUCAGAGAACUCACACAGGAGAGAAGCCCUUUGAAUGUAAUAAAUGUGGGAAGCACUUUUUCUAUAAAUCAGACCUCACUAAACAUGACAGAAAACACACAGGGGAAAAGCCCUAUGAAUGUACAGAAUGUGGUAAAUCUUUCUCUGUGAAUUCAGUCCUCAGAUUACAUCAGAGGACGCACACAGGAGAGAAGCCCUAUGAAUGCAAGGAAUGUGGAAAGUCUUUUUCUCAGAAAUCACAUUUUAUCAUACAUCAGAGAAAACACACAGGAGAGAAACCCUAUGAGUGUCAGGAAUGUGGGGAAACUUUUAUCCAAAAGUCACAACUCACAGCCCAUCAGAAGACACACAUGAGGAAGGAAAAAGGUGACAAAUAAUAUGAGUCAGGAAUCUGAAUUCAUCCUUCAGUAUAAUCACAUAAUACACAGAUUAAGAGGGAAAAUUUUCUCCUUAUAGAGUAUCAGCAAAUGCACAGAGAAAAAAAAUCUAUAAAUGUAUUAAGAAAUUUUUACCACAUGGUAGACUUUACUAUCAGACAAUAUAGAUGGCAGAAACUGAACAAAUUAUAACACAUGAAGUAAAAUUUUAUUUCAGAAGUCACACUUUAUUUUACAACAUAGAAAUCACAUAGGAGGGCCAGGGAUGUAGUUCAGUGGCACAGUGCCUGCCUGGCAAGUGUGAGGUCCUAAAUAAAAUGUCAAGUUUUCUGUCAGGACAGUCAGCACUACAUACCCAAAAGCUCACAUGUGAGAAAUUCCUGUGGGUAUCCUGAAUAUACCGAUCUAUUUUACCAAGUAACUCUCAUAUGUUAGAAAAUGUAAAAGGUUAACUGCAAAGAUUGCAGUAAAUAUAUGAGCCUUUAUCAAGAACUGAUGUUCCUGCUGGGCAAGGUCGCACAUACCUGUAAUCCCAGCACUUGGGAGGCUGAGGCAGGAGGAUUGCUGUGAGUUUGAGACCAG